UGGGCAGGUAUAACAAAUAAUGAUGUCGCUGCACCAUGCUGAUGAUAAUAGUAGUACUGUAUAAAGCACUGGUACGCAACUGAAAUUAAUGAAAGGGCCGCAUGUGUGGACCUAAACAGCCCUGAGGGCCACCAGACCAAUACAGCCAAAUUAUAGAAACCGCCAAUUAAAAAACAGAGAUAAAGAAACAAUCAGAAGUACAUUCACGGACUAAAUAGAAGCAUUGUUACCAUUUCUGUAUUGAAUAACAAGUACAAUUAUUGGUAAUGCAUGUGCAGUUCCAGUGUAAGACCAUAGUUUCCAGCAGCGUUUUGAAGUCAGGCGUAAGGCAAGCAUAUCGUAGCUCAGCGGAGAUUUCCAAGUCUGUUGCUAAUUUUUCAUUGCCCUCGCAUCUUUUUGAAGCAGCUGGUGUGUUUGACUCUCCGAAAACCCUUUCCAGCACCUGUUGUCACAAAUGUAUCUAUUUUAAACUAUCUUUGCUAUCGCUAACUCAAAACCUCUCUUCCCAAUUUCACUGCAGUAAAAAGUACUGUAUCGCACAAAUUACUUACGAAGAACAACCAUCUCCUAGCAACAGAUCUUGCAGCAAACAGUAGUGAGACCUACCUGACUAUUAAAACGCUUGGAGUGCUGUGAAGUAUGGCAAAGUGACGGGAACCAGUCACUAACCAAAUUUAAACAAACUAAGCAUUCCAGUGAAACAUUGGUCUGUGAAAGUUAGCCAGUUACUUUCAAUAACUUAAUUGCCGACUUGUCUGUACUACGGCAGCCAUAGGUCAGUUUUUUAUUUUUUAUUUUUUAACUCACCUCUGAACCACAGCUAAAUCGUUUUAAAUCAACAUGUAAGGUAGCUGUGAAUUGUGUGAGCGGCUUCAAUUAAUGUGUUUCAUUGCGGUGCCGAUUCUACUAGGAGAGCAUCAUAUUAAAACCGUGUUGUUUGACAUUUUAUAUAGUAAACAUUAGCUGUCAAAAUAGUGCAAUUCCGUCGUUAUAGAGAAUUUUGCAGUCACCCGCACUCUUUCGCGUUUAACCUUGUGGUUCAGUUUCUAUUUAUUUAAUAUGUCUUCCUGCUACAGUCCCGCACUGAGGCAGCUUCUAAAUACACAGAGCAUAAGAAUAUAUCUAACUGGCUUAACUUGUCAUGUUGACUGUAAAUGUAAACAAACAAAAAAAAUAAAAAAAACAGUAUGUGUUUCUUCAUAAGGCAAUUAAGGACUAGUAAUUUUGAUGUCCAAAUUGAUGGGGAGGUUAAUGAGGAAGUCUCAGAAGUUACAUUUUUAAGAAUUAUUAUUGAAAUUUGAUAGGCACAUUAAAAAGGUUAGUAGGACAGUUAAAAUGAACUUAGCAAAUUUUAGACAUAUCAGUGAUCAUUUAACCACCAAAGCUGCUAAACUAUUAUCUUUACACAUAUAUCAUAUGGUAUUACCUCCUGGUCUCAAGCAAGCGAAUCAGUGAUUAAAACAAUAGGUUCUCUUUAUAAGCAAGCUCUAAAAAUCUUGGAUAAAAAACCUGCGAGAUACCAUCACCGUAACAUUUUGAUAAGUGCCAAUUGCUGAGUUUUGAUAAUUAUGUCAACGUUUCCUAUGCGAAAAUGGUACUUAAAACUGUGCAUGGAUUAUGUACUCCGCCCUUAAAGGAAUUCAUGAAAAAGCUCUCUGAAGAUACUAACAGGCUCACAAGGGAAGCUGUAUGUGGGAAUUGUAAAGUGGAAAGGCGUAGAACAGCAUUUGCCCAAACAGCUCUCUCUAUGAGAGGUACUUUAUUCUGGAACACUUCCUUCAGAAAGUAAGGUUAAGGGAUUUUAAAAUAUUCUGUAAUAAACUUAAGGCAUGGUUGAAACAUAAUCAAUUAUGCAAUCAUUCAUGUACUUGAAUUGUGUAUAUUGGAUGUUUAUAUUCUAUAAAUUGCACUGUAACUUGAUAAGCUGCUGAUUGUUAUGCACUUUUAAUAGGUAAUUUAUGACUUUAAUGUUGUAUGUAUUUUUAAUCAAAUAUCCAAUAAGAGUUUAUUGUUAUAGUUUAGAGUAGAAGUAAUAUGGAGAUUUAUUACAGUUGUCAUCAAUGUCUGCCCAGGGACUGUCAAUGGAAAUUAGCCUGCUGGCUACAUUGAAAAUGCAAUGCAUCUUGUGUCAUGUAAGUGACACUUAUGUUAUAAUUGUGCGUGUCCCUAAUAAAUGAAAAACAAUAAAUACAAAUACAUCGGACAAACACAUCGAAUCGCCAGGCUGUAAAGGUCUGAUUGAUGGAAACGAUCCACACAGGAAGUAAUUCCCGCCCCGGGACAGGUGUGCGCUUUUAGUAACUAGUUAUCAAAACCAUUCAAUUCCUUUAGCGACCGAUCACGCAAUUCACGCUAACUUACAUGUUCAAUAAAAUCAAUUAAUUUGCGGUUUUGAGAGGCGAGUUGAAAAACCUGACUGUUUUAAAGUGUGUUUUAAUUAUGGGGCCAGUUGGAAAUCCUAGUCUGUAAUAUCAUAGCCACACAUACUGUUACUCACAGAGACAAACAGACGAUUAAAAGAAACCCGAUUUAAUUUGCUUGAGUCCCGGUGCAGCCAGAGUUAUCACAGUCCGCCUUCCGUUCAUCGCGUGACACCUGCUGGCGCUCUAGUGUGCAGAGUGGGCAGGACAGGUAAUCUACACUGCAUAUCGCAACGACCUCAACUUUACCCAUAGCGUGUUGUGACCCCAUGACAAUAUCAUUUUAAAUGAUGGUAUUUGCAUAUAAACUUUUUGUUGUGCAAACUUCUACUCUCUCCUGCUCAUUAAUUUGCAUGUAGCUAAUGUACUGUGCGUACUGUGUGUAAUAGAAGUCACUUGUCUCACCAAUGAAAAGAAUGACAGCUUGGAUACACUUAAGCAUUUAAAAUGUGGUGCUUUCAAACAGUCAUUCUUGUCCUCAUUUGGAAAUGGAUGCUUGCUUCUUUCGAAAGAUCGGACCUGGCCCCAACCUCUGUGCUGGGACAGAGGGAGAACCCUCUGCUUGACACCUCCGGGCUACCCCGCUUUGCUCACAUCUCGGCCGCGGAUGUUCUGCCCGGAAUCACCAAGGCAGCCGCGGAGCUUGAGAGGAGGCUGCAACGCUUUGAAUACACCCUGGAGACGACCAAGAACACACUGAGAACGUGGGCCUCCAUGGAAGAACCCCUGGAGAUCCUGAGGAGACCCUUUGACUACAGCUGGAGGGUGGUGUCCCAUCUACAGAGUGUGAAGAGCUCCCCAGAGCUGAGGGCAGCUGUACAGCAGGCACAACCUAUUCUCCUUGACAUUUCCUCAAAGUUUGAGCAAAGUGUUUCCAUUUAUAACGCUUUUAAGGAUCUUCGUUUGAAUAAGAAGCUGGAUGGAGCUCAGCACAGGAUCGUUGAAUCCAAUCUAUACAUUAUGAAAAAUAGUGGUGUGGAUCUAGAGGCAGAGAAGAGACAUCGCUUUAAUGAGAUCAAUCAACUGCUGGCAAACCUAACCACCAGGUUCAGGAACAACGUGCUAGACACCACCUCAGGCUUCUCCAUCGUACUGACUGACAAGAGCAGUGUGGAGGGGCUGCCAGAAAUGUCCCGCCAGCUGCUGGCAAGUGCUGCUGUGUCUGGCACUGGUGAAAGCCCCGACCCCAAGAAUGGCCCCUGGAAGGUGGGUCUGGACCUGCCCAGCUAUGAACCUGUGAUGAUGUACAGCAGCAACAGGAAACUCCGUGAGCAGCUCUAUAGAGCCAGGGCUGGCAGGGCAUGCUCCGGACAGCAUGACAACAUCGCUGUCAUUGAGGAGAUCAGAAAACUCAGACAGGAGAAAGCUGUGAUAUUGGGCUAUAAGAGCUAUGCAGAGUUCUCGCUGAGUGCAAAUAUGGCAAAGAAUGUGUACGCAGUGUGGGGCAUGCUUGAUUCCCUUCAUAACAAGACCUAUCCAGUGGCUUUGAAGGAGGUUGCGUUUUUGACGGAUUUUGCUAGCAGAAGUGGUCAUCAAGGGAAACUAGAAAAGUGGGAUACUGCCUACUGGACACAGAAACACAUGAAGACACUGUUUAGUAUUUCAGACGAAGAAUUUAGACCUUACUUUCCUCUGGAACGUGUUCUUGCUGGCCUGUUUAAUUUGAGUUCGGACCUGUUUGGGAUAAAGAUUCGUCCGGCGGACGGUGCAGCAGAGGUUUGGGACAAUGCAGUGCGCUUCUUUAAUGUCUACAAUGAGAAAGAGAUCCACAUUGCCUCCUUUUUCUUGGACCCUUAUUCCCGCCCGAAGGAGAAGCAGACUGGUGCCUGGAUGGAUAAUUUCCUUUCCAGGAGCUCUCUGCUCCAUCAACUCCCUGUUGCGUUUGUUAUUUGUAACCAAAUCCCACCUAUUGGCUCCACCCCUUCUCUGAUGUCAUUUUAUGAGGUCAGCACCCUGUUUCAUGAGUUUGGCCAUGCUUUGCAACACAUGCUGUCUACCGUGCCUUACAAUGGAGCCUCUGGCAUCAAUAACAUUGAGUGGGAUGCCGUAGAGUUUCCUUCCCAGUUUAUGUCAAACUGGGUCUAUGACAGACGCACCAUUGCUGCAAUCAGUGGGCACUACCAAACAGGAGAGCCACUGCCACAAGCCAUGCUCGAAAAUAAAAUUAAAGCUCGCUAUUACAUGAAAGGUACUGACAUGCUGACUCAGCUGCACCUGGCUGCUUUGGACCUGACACUGCACAGCAGCACAGAUCCCUUGGAAAUCAUUAAGAAAAAAGUAUCUGAUAAGUUUACUGUAACAAAACCAAUGAAGGGGGACUGUUUUCCCUCCACAUUUCUCCACAUAUUUGGUGGAGACAGCUACGCAGCCGGUUAUUACUCUUAUAAAUGGGCUGAAGUCCUUGCUCAGGAUGCAUUUGGAGCCUUUGAGGAAGUUGGAUUGCAGAACAAAGAGAAGAUCAGAAAGGUUGGACGCAGGUUCAGAGACACAGUGCUGAGUCUCGGAGGUGGAACUUCACCACUGGAAGUGUUCCGCAUGUUCCGGGGACGGAACCCCUCCUACACUGCACUUCUCAAGAGUUACGGUCUGGCAUAAUGGAAAUCAUUGCAAAAAGAUGAAAACCAAAAGAACAACAAAAAAACAAAGUUUCUACCUACACAUAUUGUAUAGCUGUAAAAUGGCUGCUUACGUUAUCAUAAUACCCGUUAAAUCAAUUAAACCCUAACAUUACCCCUGGAGAAGAAUGUGUUCCUAUAGUCCUUAGAUGGUGGUUUUCAUGCAGAUAUUGAUAACCAAAAAUACAGUGUAAGAUGCAUUUAUUUUCUGUUUUAUAAAUUAAUAUUUCCAGUUACUAAAAAGGGAUUUUUUACAUUCACAUGUUGGAUUUUCAUUUUAAUAUCAUAUAUAUUGCAAAACAGUUUUUCAUAGUUACAUUUAAUCAGUCUACAGUGUUGUCAUCUGUGGUCUCAGUUGCAGCCAGAAUAUCUUGCAGGAGGGAGCGAGAAUAUAUAUAUGCCCAGAUAUUCAAAGCGAUGCGCAAUCCCCUCGCAAAAUUUGUGCAUCGCAAAAAAUUGUGCUUUUGCACAAAUAUUUAUACUUUCCAACACAGCCCAAAACAAAGUCGGAAAAUUGCAAUUUUUUGCUUAAUUCGCAAAUGUGUUUGUGCCUUGCAAAACCACCAGCGCAUUCAAUACCAAUAUAGCAGAAAUGCACAAGAGCUACGUGUGAAUGCACAGAAUUGGAAUAUGACAAUGGACUGUUUACAAUACCCUGCCAAGCAGAGUAUAAACCAAUAUUUCUCAGACGAGUCUACACUCAAAUGUAACCUGCACAUGGAAUGCAGAAUCAAAACUCAACACACAUCAGUAGCAUUGGCACCCCCAAAGUUGCAUGCCCACCCCCACAAAUAUAUACAUAAGCUACUAAAAGGAGAAAUGAAACAAUGGACCACAGGACAGUGUAGGCUCUUAAAUAAAACUGGCUGAAUGGGCAGUGGAAUAAGAAAGGAGCACCUUUCAUACAUUAACUUGACAUUUAAAACGUUGUCAAAAUUUACCUAUACAAUAAUCAGUAGUCUAGCCUAUUACUGUAUAAGCAGUGUCUUUGAUAUUGAAAUCUAUAUGAAUGCAAGGUAAGGAGGUGCAAACUGUUACUUGAUCGAUCUAGGGUUGAUAUACUGCUGUAUGUGUCUAUUAAAGUAAAGCAUUCCUGCAUCA